AUGCAACUAACUACUUUAAGCAGCCGUGGAGGGUUUUACCAAAGAAAUGUCACGUGGUACCCAAACCAGCAACAAAUAGGACAACAGGUGUUCUGCUUUAAAGCGGUGGACUCGGCGGGAUUUGGAACUGAACAGCGAUGCGUCACGAUCCUCGUAGGUCAAAGUAACACUCCACGAGUGAUUAUAGGAAGUCGCAGUCCAAGAACUCCAAACAGUACAAGAGGACCAGGUUUUGUCCAGUUGGGCAUCAAGUUUGACCGAGUGUUUAAAACUGUCGAUCAGAUAGUAAAUGAUUUACAUUUUUGUGAGUUAAAAGGACUUCUCUUAUAUCGUCUAUUGUUUUCGCCACAGGUACGUUUUAACUUCCGUCUGGCUUUUCGAAGAUCAUCCCAAUACUGUGACCAGAAUACAAUAAGCCAGGGUAAACUUAUUAGCGUGGGUUCAUGGAAGGCACAGUGUAUAAGCGCUUCCAAUCCACGAUGCAAUUCGUCUGAGAUAACAGUUGGUAGCGCAGACUACUUUUGUACCGACUAUAGUACAAGCGAAGAUUGGACUAUGGGUGGAAAUACAUUCAAUUAUACGUUUCCUUCUACCAGUAAGGAAUGGUCUGUAAGUUUUUCUGGCUGCUGCUGGAUUUCAUUGUCUCGUGGUGGUCGUAAUUGGAGGGUGUCUACAAGCGUCAACCUUGCCAGAAGAUCCGAUAAUGGAAGAAUUAACUCAUCUCCAAUAUCAAGGAGUGCUGCAAUUGUCCGAUUUAGAGAGGGUUGUCCCCAGUCUCUAAGAAUCCCUGUUGAAGACCCGGAUGGUGAUGUCGUUAAGUGUCGUUAUUCAACUUUCUCAGAGUCUCAAUUUAACAAUGACAGUUUUCCUUACGGUGUACUUGAUGAGAAAUCCUGUGUAAUAAAGUACAAAGGUCGGAAAACGACAGUUGGCACUUACGCUGUAGCGAUGACUUUAGAAGAUUUCCCGGCAGGAACUACAGACUUUAGUAACGUCAAACCAUUCAGCGCUGUGGGGCUACAGUUUCUUGUCAUAGUCACUGCUCAUUCUGGUUCUUGUAAUGAUACUCCCGUAUUUACUGGAAACACUCCUCAAGAUGGCGAAUGUUCCGAAGUGCAGGUUGGCUCGGUGUAUACAGCAGUCAUUCAGGCGUCUGCUUCAGACGUCUCAAAGCAGAUUGCCGAGAUAGUCACAUCUUCUCCAGCGGGAAUGCAACUAACUACUUUAAGCAGCCGUGGAGGGUUUUACCAAAGAAAUGUCACGUGGUACCCAAACCAGCAACAAAUAGGACAACAGGUGUUCUGCUUUAAAGCGGUGGACUCGGCGGGAUUUGGAACUGAACAGCGAUGCGUCACGAUCCUCGUAGGUCAAAGUAACACUCCACGAGUGAUUAUAGGAAGUCGCAGUCCAAGAACUCCAAACAGUACAAGAGGACCAGGCUUUGUCCAGCUGGGCAUCAAGUUUGACCGACUGAUAAAGAAGCCACGCACCUCCUCUUACAUCAGGCUUGUCUUGCUGCCCAGUGGACACACAAUGUACAAAGUGGACACACUUUCUCAAUACGUUGAAAUCGGUUCAAAUGACACUAUGCUGUAUUUUGAAAUGCCCAAAGCAGCAUUCAGCAUGAGUGGAUCAUACGCCAUCUCAAUAGAUAAAGGUGCAGUGGUUGGACAAGGCUGCGCGUAUGAUGGACCACCCACACCAGGCAUAGAAUCUCUGAGGGACUGGCAAUUCAUCGUAGACGGUGUUUGUCCAUUUGGGUACUACCUUGGCCCUCCAAAAUUUACCAGCUGCGUUGACAUAAACGAGUGUGAAGCUCCCUCAAGAUCCACUGUUGCUAAGGCCGCUAACCUUUCUGCCUCCCUGGAAAGUCCUCUGGACUUCGAGUUGCAUAUACCAGCGGACUGCGAUUAUACCUGCAUUAACAACCCAGGCAGUUAUAGCUGCGCAUGUCACAGUGGAUAUGAACUGGAUUCUGAUGAAAAGUNCUACUUCCACUCAUGUCACGUGAGCUUAAUGUUUCUUUCCAGCGCCAUCCUCUGA